UCAAGAUGGCGGCUGCCAGUGGCUCCAUGCUGCUGAGAAAUAUAAUGGGUCAUUUGGUAGUCCGAGCGGUUCUUAGGAGGCCUUUUUGGGUCCAGAACACACCCAGCACUUCACUCCUGCAGCCGAAGCAGUUGCCUUUCCGGAUUUUCAGUACUGAGGCUGGCCAAGAUGGAUCUGCAGAACCAGCUGCUUUUGACUCAGAAUCACGGUUUAAAGAGAAGCCGUGGGAGUACUUGGAGUCUGAAGAAUACAUAGAAAGAUAUGGCAGUAAUCCGGUCUGGUUUGGCUAUAGGCGCAAUCACAAAGGACAAAUUCCGCCCCAGAAGACCCGGAAGACUUGCAUUAGAAGAGAGCAUAUUUGUGGGAAUCCCUGCCCCAUCUGCAGAGACCAAAACCUCUUCCUGGAUUACAGGAACGUGAAGCUUCUAGAACAGUUCAUUUGCCCCUACACAGGCAUCACCUACCACCCAACCCGAACAGGGAUCUGCAUGAAGAAGUAUAAACAGCUGACAGAGGCCAUUCAGCAAGCUCAGGACAAUGGCCUCCUGUUCUUCCACAGCCCCUUCAUCAGUUUCCAGUAUCAAGAUUACAGUAACCAGCACCCAGCUGUUACCACAACUCCUCCAUCCCCAGCUUUGCAAAACAAAACUGCUUGGUACGACUGGUACGACUGGCAGCAGCCCUCUGAGAAGGAUAUUGCAUUGAUUAGGAGGAUUUACAAGGACUACUUGAAGGAGGAAAGCAGCCCUCCUUGAGGCUGACAGAUGACAUUGGACAGAACUGAACAUUCCUUGGUAGCAGUAGAAGGUCCUCAUAAGCCCACUGAAGGGGGCGGGGGGAGAUCUACUUUCAUCUUGACUGCCUUUUUAAAAAUUCACCUGUAUUAAUAAAGUCAUAUCCCAUUUCAGCAA